CCUGAGGGCGGGGCCUCGAGCGGGCGGGGCGGCACUGCGGGUAGGGACGUGGCUGUGGGAAGGGAGCUGAGUCUGCCUGCUGACUGAUCGACUGCAGCCAGCGCCGCCGCCAUGCCCGGGCCGAGCCCUAGCGCCACCAACGUCGGCACGUCCGGCCGCUCCCCCAGCAAGGCCGUGGCUCCCCGCGCCGCCGGUUCCACCGUCCGGCAGAGGAAGAACGCCAGCUGUGGGACGAGGAGUGCAGGCCGUGCCACGUCCACAGGCACCGGUGGGAUGUGGCGGUUCUACACUGAGGACUCCCCUGGGCUCAAAGUUGGGCCUGUUCCAGUUUUGGUCAUGAGUCUCCUUUUUAUUGCUUCUGUAUUUAUGCUGCACAUCUGGGGUAAAUACACUCGUUCAUAGACUCAGCUGCCAACUUAAAGCAUACAUCUUGGACCAAAAAUAUGGUGGAUCCUGGUUGUUCUUGGAGAGAGACUGGGGAAGCCUCCUGUCACCUAUUGAAGUCCUACAAACUUUGACUGUAACACAGAAUGAGCUUCUCAGUUGUCUAUGCGGGCAGGUUUUAAAGUCUGUAAUGGGUCACUGCAUCUGUACGUUUAGAAUACAGGUAUUACAAUAAAAUUUGUAUAUGGAAAUUGAAA